AUGGAACAUAACACCAAUCUAUUGCCUCUUAGAAAAACUAGUGGCUCAUUACAAACUCAGAGAGAUAAGCGUAAAUCCGAAGUAUUAAUCGCCGCUCAAUCACUAGAUAAUGAAGUUCAAAGUGUGAAGAAUCUUAAAAGAUUAUCCAUCGGUUCGAUGGAUUUACUGAUAGAUCCAGAACUAGAAUUUAGAGUUAAUAACGAUAAAUCAAAUCAAUCUACCCCUAUCGGUAGUUAUGAACGAAGUAAUGAGAAUCUAGAACAGAUAAAUGAACCAGAAGAUAACGAGAAUGACGAAAGUAGUGUGAGUAUAGAUGAUAGUAUCGAACUAACCCAGACGGAAUAUUUGCAUGACGCCUCCGUACCACAAACUAAUAGGACGGUAACACCUGAAGAACCAUCUCACAGGAGCAUGAGUGGCGCUGGAUCUCUAAAGAGGAAUGGUUCUUCCAUAUCAAAAAGGAAGCUUCCAUUUAUUUCCACAGGAAUGAGUGCGGCUCCUACAUCGCACUUAUCUCCGUCAUCGACAUCAACGUCUUCGUCUUCUUCUUCCUCAUCCAAUAGUGCAUCUUCGUCGCCUGACGAUUUGACCAAGAACUUAUUGUGGGUUCCUGCAAAUCAGCAUCCUAAUGUAAAACCAGAGAAUUACCUGGAAUUAGUGCAGGAUACGCUACAAAAUAUUCAUUUGGAAGAACCUGCAUCUUCUUUACAGCAUGAAAAUGAGAAAAGUAACAAUAAUAAGGAAAACAUAGAUAUAAGUAAAAGCAAUAUGUCCGAGGAAGAACCUAUUGAUAGGCAUCCUCAAUCCUUAGACAAGACAUUCUUAGAAAUAACAAACAGAAACCGAUCAUUAGUACGAAGACCAUCAAGGUUAAGAACAUCAUAUACAGAAUUCGAGGAAGACGACUACAGUAAUAGCGAAGAAAGUGAGGCCAAGACGAAUGAAUCACAAUUAUCAUCAAGAGAAGAGAAGCCGUUCUUAUUUAAUGAUCGCAAUGGGUUGAAUCAAUUAAGAAACUUCUCUCAAAGAUCUGUUUCGUUGAAAGACAUUACUGAAGAACUAACUAACAUCUCUAAUAAAGCAGGAUUAACUGAUUCUGACGCUAUUACCUUAGCGAGGACUUUGAGUAUGGCCAGUUCCUUCUCUGAUGGCAAUGUAAACCUUGGAAAAAGUAAACUCCAAAAUGAAUCCAAUGAAGAAAGUGAAUUUGCAUCAAAUAUGUUCAUGAAGAAUGGACUAACAAUACCAGAACGAUCCUCGUUAAGAAGAAGUAAAUUUAAUACCUACAGAAUAAGAUCAACAUCAUCAUCCACUUCUACAAGAGAGAAGACAUCGCCAUUACUGCAAUCAUCCUCCUUUGCAAGACAAGAGGCUGAUACCGAUGACCUUCAGAGAUCUCCUGUCAGCUUUACAAAUAGAGAUUCGUAUCUAGCAACAACAACUUCAUCACCGGGCUCUAUUAGUGAUUUGUAUGAUCACUAUCAAGAUAAUGCUGAAUCAAAACAAGGAAAUGAUAAUGAUAAUGAAGCUCGACAGGGGGAUCUAAGUCAUGCAUCUAUUUCCCAAGAAAGUAGCUUUCUUUCAAAUGAAAGCUCCAAUGAUAGUAUUUUGGUAAAACCCCUAGGUUCCAAGUCUAUGAUUCAUGAAAAUUUGGAUAACGGACAAGAUCAUGAUGAUGAUCAACCAGCUUAUCAAAAAGUUUCAAAGUUAAAUCCCACAAUACCAGACACAAGCCGUUCCAAACAUAAAAGAAACGGCUGGUCAUGGUCAGGAAAUAGAGCAAACUCAGAAGAAGACGCCACUGUACUUGUAAAUAGUCAAGAUGAAGAUCAAACUGGAUAUACAGAUCAGAAAUCAAAGUCACGCCAUCGUCCUAUUUUGGCUCGUUCCCGUGAUCAUCUCAAGAUCAAUAAAGAGGCAGAACUACCGAAAGAAUCUCAUAAGAGGGAAACUAUUGAAAAACGGUUUGUGAAGUUAUUUAGAAGAAAGGGGCAUGAUAACGGUAAUAAACAACAAGUUUUGAAAAAGAAAUCUUCUUCUUCGACUUUAUCUAAAUUUCAGAAACAGAUAUCGAAAAAAAAUCAGGUUACAACAGAAGAACCUAAAGAGAUAACUGUGGAGGUGCAAGAGCCAGAGGAGAUUCUAGAGGACACCAACCAAGGAACAAACCGUCAAGACCCAUUACGUUUAAGUACUCCCAUCAUUCCACAGCCUGUUCACUCAAUAAUCUCUGAUACUACUCCAAUAGCUGAUGGCGAUCAUGCGCUUUCUAAUAAGGAUACGGAUGAUGAGGCGAUUGAAGCUUUGCCAUCCUUACAGCCUGCAGUUAGUGUUACAAGUACCAAAAAUGUGCAUCUUUCAGCGAGUAUUGUUGAAACUGUUAGAGAAUUGGGAGAGGAUGAUUCGCAAGACAUUAGUGGUGGAGAUCUUUCUACAGAAGUCGAUAAUUCGAUGUUAGCGGAAAGAAAUGUCAUGAACUCAUCCGAUCUUCAAUCAAUUGAAAAUAGUUCUGACGAUAUAAAUACUGGAAAUACCAUAGAACAUGUACUUCCAGCAAGGAAAUUAACAUUUGCUGAUGUUAAAAGGCCUGAUAGACCAAAUGCCCCAAUACAGUUUACAGAUAGUGCAUUUGGGUUUCCAUUACCAAUGUUAACAGUUUCAACUGUGAUUAUGUUCGACCAUCGAUUAGGUAUAAACGUUGAAAGGGCCAUUUAUAGGUUAAGUCACUUAAAACUGAGUGACUCAAAAAGAGAGUUGCGUCAACAAGUCCUAUUAAGUAACUUCAUGUAUGCUUAUUUGAAUUUGGUUAACCACACGUUAUAUAUGGAACAGGUAGCCCAACAAGAAACGAUGGAAGACGUUGCUAUUACUGGAACAGAUGUUAUAGAUUCGGACAUUCAUGAAUCGUCAUCUUAUGGAACUGGAGUUUAUACCACAGAACAGAAUAAUGCUAAUGGAACCAUACUCAUACCUGAGAUCUGA